CUUUAUUCACAGACCCGGACUUGGAACGUAUGUUGAAAACCUUGAGUGACGCAUUCUCCAUAAAAAGUCUGUACUGACGUGCGGACUUUCUUUAUUAAGCUUCCGGAUUGUUUAUAUCUUGCCCAGUACUUUCGUACCAACAGUGGAGUGUGUUUGUCGUUUGAUCUAGAAAACUGUUCAACUACCAACCGAAACCAUGUCGCUCUACCCAUCCCUCGAGGAUAUGGAGGCUGAUAAAAUGAUUAAAGCCCAAAUUCAGGAAUGCCGUAAAGCUGUUGUGGCUCCAUCCUAUGGUGUCCACCCCCCUCAGAGCAUUGGAAUACAGUAUGAAAAUUCUGUACUCUAUCCUUCUCUGAAUGAUUUCAUGGGAAUGGAAAUCACAACGCAAAUGCUUGCCGCUAAUCAAGUGGCUCUGUUUCCAUCGCAAAAUAACACAAUGGUAGCUGUUUCAAGCCAUGCUGUAGCUUCAGCUCCUUCUUUUGGAAUGGUAGCCCCUCUAUCAGGCCAGAGUAUGGGAUUAGCUCGUGCGCAAGUGACUCAUGGAAUAAGAGAGUUAGUGCUGUGCAAAGGAAGUGAUGGGAAAAUAGGAGUACGCUGCCAGGCUAUUUCGAAAGGCAUCUUUGUAAGCUUGGUGCAAUCUGGAUCUCCUGCUGCUCUUGCUGGUUUGCGCUUUGGUGAUCAAAUUCUGCAGAUUAAUGGAGAAAACGUAGCAGGAUACAGCAUGGAUAAGGUUCACAACAUUUUCAAGAAAGCUGGUGUAAACAGUAUUCGCGUUGCUGUACGAGACAGGCCUUUCGAAAGGAGUAUCACCUUACACAAAGAUAGCUUUAGUCACGUAGGCUUUACGUUCAAGGAAGGAUGCAUCACUAGCUUGGUGAAAGAAUCUUCUGCCGCUCGCAACGGCUUAUUGACCGAUCACAAUCUGCUCGAGAUCAAUGGCCAAAAUGUUGUUGGACUAAAAGACAAAGAAAUUAGUCGUAUCAUGGACGGUGCUGGAACGUGUGUUACUUUAACAGUCAUGCCAAAAUUCCUCUACGAGCACAUGAUUAAGAACAUGUCCAGCAGUUUGCUGAAGAAAUCGAUGGAUCAUUCCGUACCGGACCUAUAAUGAACAGCGUUUUAUAAAAUGAACGUAGAUCAAGCCAUUUUGCCCAACGAAGGUGCAUGCAGGGUCGACAAAUGAGCCAAUCAGUCGCCCAACACGUUCUAUAUAAUACCACAGUUCCAUGAUCCUCUCUCAAUUGAAUUUAGUUGUACUUUUUCCCCCCUCAUUUUCUUUUGUCGUUUUUAACUAUGUGAUUCGAUCAAGAUUUGUUUACAUUCGCUGGUUCUGGUCUCAAAACAACUUUUCUUUCUUGUUUGCCAUAAAAUGAAUAAGUUGGGCUCUAUAUAAUCAACGUUGCUAUAUUAAUCACAAUACAUUCUUUCAAAAAUUU